ACAUUUAAUAAAUGGUAGCUUAUUUUGAUUAGCUAUCAGAUGUGAAAUAGAAAGAGAGAUUAAACUGAGGAGGUUCAUUAUAUAUAUGUUAUAUAUAUAUGUCUAGCUUCAUAUAUCAAACAUGAAUAACUUUACAAAAUUUAUGACAUUUGUGGUGGUGUCUAUAUUGUCAAUCUUACCAUCAACAUCUGGACAGUGUUGUUUUCCUGAUCAAUGGACUGCAAAUCUUGUGGAAACUACCGGUGAGUACAAUCAAGAUUUGGACUCGGCAUCACUCGCCUAUAUUAACAGAGAGGUUUACUAUGAUUAUACGGGGAAACAGUUUGCCUAUUUGGAGGAUAGAGAUAACAGGACAGCUCACAUAAAGACACAAACAAAAAUAAUCAUCAAAUACAUAGAGGGUAAGAAGUAUACAAUUGUAUCCAAAACAUGUACAGUAGAAUCCAUAAGUACUAGCAUGGAGUCGCCUUGUAUACCAGAUGACGCCACUUCGUUCGGAACGCAUUCGUACCCAGCUGGUGUCAAGGCGUCCGUUUGGUUUGUACCCGACAAGGUGAACGGUGGUUCAAAACGUAUUUCUGUAACUCAAGAAGACUGUUUACCUCUCUCCGAAUCUAUUAUCUCAGGAGGACCAGAUUACAUAUUGCGCAUGAGUUUGUAUCAGAAUGUAACAAAAGGAAUUAGUGACCCGACAGCAUUUAAUAUACCAGCAAUUUGUAACCACAAAGAUACGUUAUACUUUAGGAAACACCUGAGAUAGAUAGAUAGAGCAAAACAGAUGUGUCUGAGCGCAACUAAAACAUCAAAUGUUCUAUAAAUGAAAUGCAAUAUUUUAACUUUGUUUUAUGUUAUCUAUACAAAAAAAGUUUAUGGCUCGAGUUUCCUCGAUGACAUUCAAAAAUGAUACAGACUUUCUUAACUAUUUUACCUAGUGACAUAAGAAGUCAAUGCUACUUUAUGUUGUAUACAUGUAUAUUGAAAAGUUAAUAAAAUUACAAUAUAAAGCUGUUUAUAAUACAUAGCAAGGCCUGUCAAAAUAAUAUCAACAACUUCUAAUUGAUAAUUGUAAUUUGUAUCCGGCUUUAUAAAU